AUUAAUAAUAUUAAUGAAAAUUCGGAUCAAUGCAAAUAAAACCAUCUCCAACAUUACAACAGAGCUUCUUAGCAAUAAUUUCAGGACGAGUGCAAUUUAUUUAUAUGGUUGGGUACCUAGUUCAUGGGUUGGUAAUCAACUCAUAUGAAAUAAUUCUGUGAAAAAAUUCAUCCGAAAUGUGUUCAUGCAGCACAAUGAAGAUAAUAUUUUUUAUACUGCUCCAAUUGACAGGUAUUUACGAGUAUUCAACCCAGGAAAUCAGUUUGGAAAAUGACAUCACGAAACAUAUAGACAAGUGGGUGACCACCAUAUUUAAUACAAGCAUAAUUAGUGAAGAAAAUGCAGUUAAAACGAUUUCCGAAAUACACAAAACUGAAUUGAACGAAUUGAAAUACAAUAACAUCAGCAACCAAGGACACAAUUUGCACCCAAAAUGCAUCUUCCAAAAUGUUGUUUAUUACGAUUACGAUUCUUCUCUGGAUUGGUGUUAUGGAAUACAAAUCGAAUGGAAAUCUUAUGAAAGUAAAAUUAUAAGGGCAUUCUUCGAUUUCCUCCACUUUGACAUGGACGCGCUGGUAAAGACUGGUGAGGGCAACUACAAAGAAUCUUCACAAGUUCCUAUAGAAGUAACGUUCCGUAAUGUCACAUCAACUGCUUCGAGAUUGUACACAAGAGAUAAUGGUUUGAAAAUCACCUACUCGUACGAUUUUACCCAUAGUUCCGUCGACUAUCGCACUAAGUCAGCGGAAGAUAAAAAACAGCUAGAUCGAGUAAUCUUACCAAUUUUACCAACCAUUUUACGAGACCAGCAUGUAAGUACCAAUCAAAAAACCAUUCGGGAACUCGAAGACGUCUUCCAAGAGUAUGAGAAGCCGAGCCUAGAAAUGAUUUCAACGCGGCCGGAUUUCUUAAGCAACCCACAAAAAUAUUACUACCUCAUACCGAGAACACCCAUUUUCUGUUUCAUUCUAAAACGUAUCGUUAUCCAUGGGAUAUCGAAUUUUGAAUCGUAUAAAACUCACUGCGAGCUUUACAUUCAUACAUAUCGGGAUGAAAUUUUCACACACACUUUACUCAUAAGAAAUCUUCAAGGAAGUAUGACUUUGGAUUACCAAUCUGAGAAAGAAAAGGCUUUAAAAUUGAAUUUCCAAGUAGAUUGCUUCAACUUGACGAAAAAGGAUGAUACAUAUUGCGUUCACGGCCACGCAAAAGAUUACACAAUUACUCGAGCAAACACAAACGUCUCGUUGAGUAGCCUUCAGUCAGAGGUGAUUAUGAAUCGACUGGAAUCAGCACUUGCUUCUGCAUUAUCGGGACUACCAUCAAUGAAAAUUGGACAAAUCUGUGACGUAGAAAUACCGAUAGAAAAAAUUGAAACUUCAAACUGUUCGGAUUGGGAAACAAUGAAAGAAUCUUAUAAAGAAUGGAUCCCAUUCAAUGACGACGAAGUAAUCAAAAGACAACAAUUUGAGUAAAAAAAUACUAAUUUUAGGAAAAUCUAUGUAGGAGGAUAUUUAUGCAAACGAAGAUGUGCCUCAUAAAAUCAAGUCAUCAUAAAUAGUAGGUACUUAAUCAAAAUACUUUUUUUGAUGAAGAACUUCCAAAGAACUCCGAAAUGUGGCUGGUAUAGGACAAUUUCUACAAAACUCUCUAAGUCCGCCAAACUACGUCAAUCAAGGAAUCAUGGCUUCGAUUUAAUCUAUGUUUGUGGAUAAUACCUACCUAUUUUAUAUCCAAUCAUUAAAUGCAUAACACAGCUGUGAAUUUCAUGCUCUUAUUUUGAACGAACUUUUAAAAUAUAUGUUAAGCCUCUUCUACGAAUCCUAGCUUCGUAAACAUCUGAUAAAAUUUUCAAAAUGAUAUUGUCAGCAUCUCUUAUCACUUAAUAUCUCACUUUCUAA